AUGGCGUAUCGGGUGCUGGAGGUGACGCUGAUCUCGGCCAAGGACCUGAAGAAGGUGACGGUGUUCUCCAAGAUGCGUGUGUACGCGGUGGCAUCCAUCUCCGGCGGCGACCCGCGCACGCCGACACACCGGACGCACUCGGACCGGCACGGCGGGCGGAACCCCAUGUGGCACGCGCCGCUGCGGUUCCCAAUCCCGAUCGCCGCCGACCCCCGCGGGCUCGCACUGCACGUGCUCCUCCGCUCCGAGCGCUCCUUCGGCGACCGCGACGUCGGCGAGGUGCUCGUCCCCGUCCAGGACCUUUUCGCCGCCGCGCCUCCCGCCGGCGAGCAUCGCCACCUCAGCUACCAGGUGCGACGCCCCAUGAGCGGCCGGAAGCGCGGGGUGCUCCACAUCUCCUACAGCCUCACGGACGCGCCGGCGGUAGGGCAGGGGGACGCGCGGUGCGCGCAGCAGCUGACCGCGGCGGCGACGAAGGGCGGUGUCGCGGAGGCAGUGACCGUGUACCCACCGUCGUACCAGCAGCAGGCUGUACCGCCGCCGUACGGGUACCAGCACCACUCUUACGGGUACGGCCCGUCGUACGGCUACGGCCACGCCGCCGCCGCUCCGUAUGGGUACGGGGCGCCGUCCGCCGCCCCGGCGAGGCACGACGACAGCAGCGGCGGAGGGAUGGCGUCCGGGUUCGGGAUGGGGCUCCUGGGCGCGGCAGUCAGCGGGAUGAUGCUCGGCAUCGGCGACGGCGUCGGGGACAUGAUCGCCGACGCGGAGAUGGGCAUGGAUGGCUGCUGCUGA